GAGAGAGAUGAUGUGAUGAAUAGUAUAUAAUCAGAGCAGAGGAAGAAAGGUUGUCCUACUUUUUCAUAGCUAGCUUCCAUUUCUCCAAUUCGCAGCGAACGUUAGGCUUUAGGUCUGAUGCAUUAAAUGCUAGUACUGCCAUUUCGCCACGUGUCCAACUCCCAUUGGCCAACACUCAAAUCAUUCUUAGCGGGUUUUCUUCUUCUUCUCCUCCCCUCUCUCUCUCUCAUAAAAGCUCCCCUCUCACCUUCUCACUCUCUCUCUCUCUCUACUCCAAAGUCCUGCUUCACUCACACUGUGUGUGCCUCUGUGUGUUGUUUUUGCAGCUGGAAAAGAGGCUUUCAUCUCCCAAAAAUUUCUUAAGGGACCUUGCUUGUCUGCUGCAAAAAUGGUGGCCAAGGCUGAGAAAUCCGCCGCCGGAGACGCCGCCGCCGCGCCGUCGAAUCACCAGUCACGCCGGAGAAGAGGCUUCAACAAACCAUCUUGGCUUCUCUGCGCCAUUGCUGAUUUGGAUGAGAGGAUGAAGAUGCUGACAAGGAAAACACCUAAAGGAAAGAGUCCUGAUAGCUUCUCUGAGAGGGCUAACUCUUACUACCACGAGCGGCCCCAGCUUCUGGCGUUGCUCGAUGACUUGUACAACGGGUACCUCUCGUUGGCAGACCGUUACUGCCAGGUACUCGCCAAGAGCCAGCAGCAGCAGCAGCAGAAGCCUCAGAGCCGGUGCACUUCCCCUAAUCCACGUGUGAAAUGUGAGGACGUGGAUGAAGGGGACAGCGGAGAAGUGAUUGACUCUGAUGCUGAGAGCUCGCUGUCUUUCCAGCCUCCAGCCGUGGCGCCCGUUGAUGCUGACAUGCUCGUUGCAGACUUGGUGAUGAAGACGGUGGAGUAUGACAUCGUUGAGAACGAGCUAGCUGCGGUGGAGAAGAGGUGGAGCGAGUCAUCGAGGAAGAUGGAGCUGCAGAAGAACCUGCUGGAUGUGCUGGAGUCGGAGAGGCUGAUCCUGCUGAAUGACAACGCAACGCUGGGCUACAGAGUGUCUGCGUUGGCGGAUGAGAACAAGGGGCUGGCCUCCGAGUCGAUGUUCUUGAAGAGGAAGGCGGCCGAGCUAGCCAGGUGCAUGCUGAAGACGAGGGAGGAUCACCGGGUGUGCUUGCUGAGCCGGAAGAUUGAGGAUCUCCAGGGGCAGAUCCACGGGCUCGAGAAGAGGAACAAGGAGUAUUACGAGCAACUCGUGAAGCAAGAGGAGAAGGGCGUCCUCGUCUCUAAAGGGACGAGCAAGAGUAGUAAAGGCGGAGAGGAGGUGAACUUGGAAGACUGCUUCCGAGUAGGCGGUGGCGGCGGCGGCGUUGGUGCUAUCAAACUCAGUAAAUGCUUUAGCUUCAACAUCAAGAAAGUAGAUCAGAAUGCAGGUGGUGAUCUAGACAGCAGAAAGGGUUCUAAGCUGUGGGAUAAGGUGAAGAAGUUGGAUUUGUUCCAAUGUGGCUCUCAUUUUGAUGCUGCUACCUACUAACUGAGGCAUCAAAAGAGCAACAAUCCUAUCCAAACAAUAGUAUAGCACUUGCUAAUUAAUGUCAUAUAUAUAAUAUAUGUAUGUAGUAUUAGCAUUUCUGCUCUAAUUAAUAUGAUAUUAAUACAUAUAUGCAAGAAAUGAAGCCACUUCUUUAGUUA